AUGAGGGCGAGACUGGUGAUCUUCCCGAUCAAGGGCCGGAACUGGUGUUUCACCAGGUCCAUUGAUCCAGCAGCGGUGGAAUCUGCCCAGGCCACCUCUAAGCCGCAAGUCUGGAGGGAACUGUGGAGGCAGCUUUUCUCCGGCGGGGAACGGAGGACGGGCCAGCAGAAACUGGAAUUAGUCGUUGACUUCGCUGCCGAGAAGGUCCCUCACUGACGCCAGAACUGUGUGAUUCGUAACUCGUUCUUUUGUGUUCUCUCUGUUUUCCCCGCUUCGAAACCGAUGAACUCGUCUUCUUUUUUUCUUUUUCUUUUCUCCUCUUGUUGUGGACAAAAGUCGAUCUUGUUUUCGUUGGAUUCAGAUGAAUGGGGCAUGGGUUAAUAUGGAGAAGGCGCCCGCGGGGAGCCUGAAGAACAAGGUCCACGGGUGGGUUCUGAAUCAGUCUUCUCGCAUGAAAUCCCCUUCCUUCUAUCCUCCGGCGACAUUCCGGGGUAACCCAUCUGCCUUCUGAAAUAUGGAAUGGCUUCAUUUGCAGCUUGGGGUUGAAGUUGUUGUCACGGGUGAAACCAUCAGAGACAUUCCUGAGGUCCGUCUCCGAGGACAUUACGAAGGUGGAUAUUACUUACCCUUCGAGGUUCGCCAUUCUGCAUAUAUGGAACUUUACCUUUUCUGGUUGAUGUGAUGUUUAUAUGCCUUUUUCCCCGAAGCCGAUACCUUCUCUUGGGGUGCUGUCCGGGUCCCAGUUUCCUCUACUAAUUUGAUGCAGAGCAUGUUCUUUAUCCUGGAAAAUCGUCAGUACCAUUCAUAUCAAUCAGUAACUUAGGUACGAUCACAUUGGGGAAUAAUGAGGGUGAAGUUGCAUGUUGGUUGCAAUUAGCACUCACAAACUCCAAACAAAUAAUGUGGCAAUGGGGACAUAUAGGGAGCACCAUCUUAUUUUCUUGGGGCUGGGCUGGCAACAUAUCAAAAGACAAGUCACGGUUCCAAACAUAGGAUUCUCCGGGUGGCUGUGGUUCUACUACCACUUCAGUCCGACUCAGCCUUCUGAAAACAUUUUGUUGUGAUUGUUUCUUGAUGGUGUUCAUGAAUUCACAGACUGAAGAAUAUGCACCAGAAACAAAUUCACAGAGGGGUUCACAGAACGCCGUUCAAUCCUCGUAGAAGGGAUUUAAAGGGCAUUUGGCUUAUAAGACAUUUUAGGAAACAAAUUCAGAUUACCAAAUUCUGGUUUUUUUUUUUUUUUUUUUUUAUAUCCAUUCGGGUUUUUUCAGGUCGAAAGUGGAAGCAUUGGUUUGCCAAAAAAAUUUAAUGAAGAAUCUUUUUUUUUUGGAGGCUGUUGGAUAUGCAGUAGGCGAAAUUUCAUUCCCCUGGCACUGGGGUUUUAGAAAAUACUUGCCAGAUGAUCCUGGAAAACUGGAGAGUGGUAUCAAGUUAUUGACGACGAGGUCAAGGAAUGCUUUCUAUUAUUUGUUAUUGGGUUCCUGAUCUCUAAAAAAAUUCAUGUUUGGAAAAACCGGAGAUUGCUAAUGACUAGUAUUCCUAUGGAUUGUGAAGAUCCUUUGUCAUCAUGGUGAUAAGGAUGUGAAAGUGUUGAUUAGAUGUGGUAAAGGAGGGUGAUGGUGACGAUAUUUUUGUUCAGUAAUAAUCGUGCAGGUAACGAUGAUGAUUGGCAUCAGAGGGGGGUAUUGGUCCAAAAGGCAUGUGAAAAAAUGAAUGCAAAAAAGAGAAGGGGAGUAUCUGGAAACCAGAAGGGAAAAUUCAUGGAGUCGGCCAUUCAUUUUAGCCUGUUCCUAUACUAAGGACUGUGUAUUGAACUGGAGUGCCAGUUCUCUGCUUUUUUGUACACAUCAGUACGGGUUUGGUGGUUAGAUAUUACACAUUUGAGAAUUCAUUGUUCUAUUUUGUAAAUAAUAAUCGAAAAUUUCAAUAUCAGCAGCGACAAGAGUUUGGAAAAGCCCUCUGUGUUUAUGAUGCAGAGCCUUUUUCCCUUUUUGUCGUGGUGGCUUAAGGCUGGAAAAAAAUUCCCUCUUCACCCUGCAUUCUCGCAAAUUUUGUGCUGUUCCACCAUUGUGCUGUUCGCUCAGAUAUGUCACCUUCCACCAUUGAUUUUUGCAAUCUAGUCACCCAAGCAGGUAAAUAAGAAACAGAGGGGCCCUGAAGCCAUUUUUUGGGGCUUAGUAAUCGUGCAAGAUGUAGAAACCAGGCCUACUUCCAGGCCGCUGCAAAGAACAUAUCAAUACCUCGUGCCACUGCUGCUGCCUGUGGUCAGUCACACUCAUCAUGAGAGUUCUCAUAGAGCACACUAGAUAUGCCAGGUCAAUAGAAAUCUUGCCUGCCUCUACUCCUUCAGGUGUCCUCACUAUUCCAUCAGUAGAAUCCGCACGCUGCAAAAUAGAGCGUUGUAAUGAAGUUUUCUGUCUAGUGAACCUGUAACCCACCUCGCCUGCAUCCAUCUGCUAUCUCUUCUUGUUCACUGUCUCACUUCCAUGUCCUCUGUCUCUCGUAUCUUCCCCUUCCCCCCACGACUCUCGUGCCCUCUCUAUCUGCCACAAUUUGUACCCGCAAAUCUCUCUAAAUUGAGCGAUGCCUCCAUCCAUUCCUCAUAUCUGUAACCCACUCACUGUUGGCAGUUGUCUUCUGGCUUCAUAUUUCGUAACUGCUAAUGGUUGCUGGCAAUCAAGGUAUAUGAUAAUGAUUACAAUGUGUUGAAAUUUACCAGUGGGAGCAAGUAUACUCAUGCUCUCUUAUGUGAGAUGUUUCUCAUCUACAUAUUGAAUCUAACUUGUCAGUGUAAUAGUUUCUCUACCCAAAACUUAAUUUUUUCCUUAAAAAGGAAAGGAAAGAUUUUUCUUUCGUCCCCUCCCUAUCCUUAUGUGGGCUCCUUGCCGUGUCAUGCUUGCCAUUUAAUGAUACUUAUGGCCUGCAUUCAAACUCUGCAGCUUGAAUUCUCGCCUUGUACGUAGGAGAUUACGACACAUGGCAAUCAGGUACUGAAGUUCAAACUGUGUGGACUUUUCAAGCUAUUCAAGGAGUGAUAUUGUAUUUUUACAUGCAAUUUGUCGUCUUAUCUGCAACAGGGGAGCUGUCAAUCACAGGAUAUACUUUUAUGGCUCGGUUUCUUUAAUUCCAUUUACGGCCGCCUUGAGCGUAAGCAAUUAUGUUGUUGUCUUUCUCUCCUUGUUUAUUUCUUUUCCCGCUCCUCUCUUCGUUGUGAUGGCAGCUGCUUUUUUGGGCUUGCCUUUAUUUUCUCUGUUAGCAAUCUCUAUGCUCGAGUUCCUAGUUUGAUCGAGAUCUUUCUAUUCUCAUGAAGAUGCUCCGUAGCGUACAAUUAGAAGUACGAAGGUUUAAUAGAGAUUCUUUCUUUUCUUUUCUGCAUAAAAGGAAUCAAUGGAACCACGAGGGUUUUGAAGGAUAUGAGGGUUUGUGUGCCAAUAAUUUGAUAGAAUCUUCAAAAUCCUGUUCGAGCGUGGAAAAGGGCUUUUCCUUACUCGUAGUAUUGUGUGGCUCUCGAGUGACUAAGCUAGCUCGGAUUCCACGGCUGUGCCAGUCCAAACAUGUUGGCUGUGAUCUGUGCCGCUAAGAUUUAAUGUGCUUGAACGGCCUGAUGCAUAGAGCAAGAUCUUUGUUGUCUUUACUCUUUUGUUUUUGCCUCUGUGACAGCAGAUCUUGAGUUCUUUCUCGUGCCUUCCAGGUCCUGCCUUUGCCUAACAUUCCAUUCUUUUGGCUCCUGUUUCGUGCGUUCGCGAACUGGAGGGCGCUGAAGGUACAGUGCCGACCCCUCUGGGUUGAAUCAGGAGGGCUAGUAUAAUUUCUUCCACGUCUUGGUUGGCCGCUGUUUCUCAGUUUUAGCAGCCGCCGUCCUCUUCCUCUCGAUUGGUGCUGGCACUGGUGCGUAUAUUUGUUGCGCUUCUUUGAUCGGUCUUUUCAGGGCAGCGAGAGGCUCUUGUUGCUGGUGUCCGACUGUCCGAACGAUUGGAGGUUGGUCGUGGCCAGCAAGAACUCGAGGAACGCGAAGAAAGACGACGGGCGUCAGAUGGUCGAUGAAGGACCACAGAGAGAACCGUGGGUACGUUCUUCUUCCUCUUCUCCCUUCCAGCGACACAAAUAUUAUUGAAGCUCAUCGGUGCCGGGUGGCGAUGGCGGUGAUUAUCAUCUGCCUUCUAGCAUCGAGUGAAAAAGGUGGCAACUUUCUAGCAUCGUCGUCUCAACCUAUCCCGGAACUAAUACGAGCGUGCCCUCGCUCUGUUUGUCGAGCAGACCCUGUGGCCCUCCGAAGAACUGGAGAAGCUUAUUGGCGGGCAGCCCGGUGAGGACCCCGGCGUCACGCUCCGCAGAAUCUGCCAGAUAUAUCGCCUGAACGAGACGGAGGUACUCAGGUGCAGAGACUCCUCAUAG